UUCCGCAAAACCCAACAGAGAAUUCCUCCCAUCGCCACCGUCGCCGCAGAUUCGAAGCCCCCAAAACCCUAGCUCCCCUCUCCGUCGCCGUCGCCGGCGGCCAUACCCAUCAACCCCUUCCCUCCGGCUACCUGCGCCAGGGGGACGCACGAAGCCAUGGAUAGCGCCCUCGCGAGCGCGGCGGCGAUCGCCGACCAGCGCCAGAAGAUCGAGCAGUAUCGCCACAUCCUCGCCUCCGUCCUCUCGUCUUCUCCGCCGGACAUCGCUCAGGCCAAGCGCUUCCUGGAUCACAGUAAUGCUCUAUAUUCUAACUCUUGCUGUAGAUUUCGCGAGAUUUUGCUCUCCGUUGGCUUAAUUGUAGGAAUUGGUAUGAAUGCAGUGGUGUCCGAUGAGGUGCCUCUCGUGGUGUCGCGGCAGCUGCUGCAGACGUUUGCGCAGGACCUUGGGAAGCUGGAGUCCGACGCGCAGAAGGAGGUCGCCCACUACGCGCUCACGCAGAUUCAACCGCGCGUGGUCUCCUUCGAGGAGCAGGUUGUAGUGAUUAGAGAGAAGCUUGCAGAUCUAUAUGAAUCUGAACAACAGUGGUCAAAAGCAGCGCAAAUGCUUAGUGGGAUUGACUUGGACUCAGGAAUAAGAAUGCUUGAUGACACCAACAAAUUAUCCAAGUGUGUCCAGAUUGCGCGACUUUAUUUAGAGGAUGAUGAUGCAGUGAAUGCUGAGGCUUUUAUCAACAAGGCUUCAUUUUUGGUCACCAACAGUCAGCAGGAAGUUCUAAACUUACAGUACAAGGUCUGCUAUGCAAGGAUUUUGGAUCUAAAAAGAAGAUUCCUGGAAGCUGCCCUUCGAUAUUAUGAUAUCUCCCAGAUUGAACAGCGCAAAAUUGGAGAUGAAGAGAUUGAUGAAAAUGCUCUAGAGCAAGCUCUUAGUGCUGCCGUAACGUGCACCAUAUUGGCUGGUGCUGGUCCACAGCGCUCUCGUGUUCUUGCUACGCUGUACAAGGAUGAAAGAUGCUCAAAGCUGAAGAUAUACCCAAUACUGCAGAAGGUUUAUCUUGAAAGGAUUUUGAGGAAACCAGAAAUCGAUGCGUUUGCAGAGGAGUUGAGGCCGCAUCAAAAAGCUCUAUUGCCAGAUAAGUCCACUGUGCUUGACCGGGCAAUGAUUGAGCAUAAUCUCCUUAGUGCCAGUAAACUUUACACAAAUAUCAGCUUUGAUGAGCUUGGUACAUUAUUGGGCAUUGAUCCAAGGAAGGCUGAGAAGAUAGCAUCUCGGAUGAUUUAUGAGGAUAGAAUGCGGGGUUCAAUUGAUCAGGUUGAAGCUGUGAUACAUUUUGACGAUGACACCGAAGAGCUACAACAAUGGGAUCAACAGAUUUCUGGGCUGUGCCAAGCUCUGAACGACAUCCUUGACAGCAUGUCAAGCAAAGGAAUAGCUAUUCCGGUGUGAGUCAAGUCUUCUCGUCCUGGCGGUGGAUGGUACUUGCCCGAACUGCUUUAUCGGCUCCAGAAUUGACAUUCUGUACAGUUUGCUGCUGCAAAUGCUUGCCAUGUGGUGCUUAUGGAACCAAUCUUUUACCAUACAUUCGUCUGGUGCAAAUUCUGGGGUACCGCGCUUGUUCAAGUGCCGUCGUCUGGGUGUUCAUGGGUUAGGCGCCUAAAUGCUUCUCUGGGCAAACCGUGCGCCGUGCGCCGUGCGCGUUGACUGAAAACUUGAACUACUGACAUACAGCUCAGGAGGACACUUAUGGUUUGGGAUCCUUUAUGGUUUUCUUUUCCUCUA